AUGCCCAGCUAUUUUCAGGCAAAAGAUAUUUCAACCACACCAGACUUUGAAGAAAUUCAUAAAAUUACUGAGUCUAAGAAGGCUUCUGCUAUUUAUCUGAAAGAAAAUAAUAUUUUCUAUGAGCAAAUUGGCAUAAUAGUAGAGAGAAGUUUUACUGGAAGUGCAAUUCCAGAAACUGCUGCAACAGAAAUGACUUUAAAUACUAUAGUAUAUCUUAUUUGGUGUUUCAUCUUGAAUCAUUUACUGAACAUGAUUGAAGAAGCAAUCAAACUGAGUGCAAAGACAAUUGAUACUUUUAUGGCAGAUAUUCAAAAAGCCAUUUGUUAA